AUGUUAAUCAAAGCAAUCAUACUUAUUGGUGGCCCUCAAAAAGGCACUAGAUUUCGUCCGUUAUCCCUUGAACUACCAAAGCCGCUAUUUCCGGUUGCCGGUAUUCCAAUGAUUGAACACCAUGUGGCAGCAUGUGCAAAGAUUCCGGAAAUAAAAGAAGUUCUACUAAUAGGAUUCUAUCAGCAAAAUGAGUACUUAUUGCGAUUCAUAGAAGAUAUGAAACGAAAAUACGACAUAUUCGUUAGAUACUUACAAGAAUUUUGUCCAAUGGGAACUGGUGGAGGCAUCUAUCACUUUAGGGAUCAGAUCACGCUUUGCAAUCCACAGGCUUUACUAGUCUGUAAUGCGGAUGUGUGCUGUGAUUUUCCCUUUAGUGAAAUGAUUGAAAAUUAUCGAAAUAACUGUCUCGACAGCAAUGGACAUUUGAUCUUGGGUACCGAGGCAUCAUCUAAGCAAGCUCCCAACUACGGCUGUAUUGUAGAAAAUGAAGAUACUCAUGAAGUACUCCAUUAUGUGGAGAAACCGGAAACCUUUAUAAGCGAUAUUAUAAAUUGCGGGAUUUAUCUAUUUUCACCAUCCAUAAUCGAUCUCAUAUCUAAAAUUAUUAAGGAUCGCCAUCAUAGUUUACCAUUUAUUGUAUGCAAUAAUAGAGAAUUAUCAGAAGAGCCGACUCAGUUAGAAAGACAUAUCCUGACGCAGCUUGCUAGCAGCGGAAAAUUUUUCGUACACAAGAACAAAGGUUUUUGGAGUCAAAUCAAAACGUCCGGAAAUGCAAUAUACGCUAAUCGCCAUUACUUACAUGAAUAUCAUCUUAAUAACUCAAACAUAUUAGCCGAAAAUGGUGAAGAAAAGCCGACAGUAUUAGGCGAUGUAUACAUUCACCCAACCGCAUCCAUUGAUCCUUCAGCAGUUGUUGGGCCGAAUGUAUCGAUCGGGUCUGGAGUUACGAUUGGUCCAGGCGUACGGGUACGAGAAUCUAUCUUAUUGGAUAAAGCAGAACUAAAGGAACACUGCUGCGUCAUGAAUACCAUUAUAGGAUGGAAUUGCAGUAUCGGACAAUGGUCAAGAAUCGAAGGAACUCCUGCUGAUCCCAAUCCGAAUGAUCCAUUUGCACGAUUAGAUUCGGAUUCAAUGUUUGACGAAGAUGGCCAUUUAACACCUUCCAUUACUAUAUUAGGUCGCAAUGUGCACAUCUCGCCAGAGCUUGUUAUUCGGAAUGCAAUUGUUUUACCGCACAAGGAAAUUACCAAUAGCUUUCAAAAUGCGAUUAUUUUAUAG